AUGGCCGCUAGUUUCUUGAGGCCGCACAUGGGCAAGGGAGGCUCGUUCACUCCAGUGACGCUAGCCUGCCCUGUGCGGGAGCCACGUUCGCCGGAGUCAGUGCACCCACCAGCGGCCGGCGUCGUGGAGCUCGUGGGUUUCAGCAAGGCAUGGUUGGCAGGAGCCAAGGGCUUUGAGGCCCCGAUCUUGGUCACCGGUGGCGCUGGCUACAUCGGGAGCCACAUGACCUUAAUGCUCUUGGAGCGGGGCUUCGACGUUGUCAUAGUGGACAACUUGUCACGCUCCAACAUGCUGUCGGUUCGCGUCCUGCAGGCAGAGGCCUGCAAGCUGGAGCGGUCCCUGGCCUUCGCGAACCUGGACUUGGGCUCCUACGACCAGCUGCAAAUGCUCCUGAAACGCGUGAAGCCCAAGGCGGUCUUGCACUUUGCGGGCAACGCGUAUGCCUCCGAGUCCAUGGAAAAGCCCUUGCUGUACUUUCAGAACGUCACGGAGAACUCGCUGAACCUGCUCAGGGCCAUGGCCUCUGCGAGAGUCGGAAAGAUCAUCUUCUCCUCCUCCUGCGCCACUUACGGCAAUCCCAGCAAAGAGCAGGUGCCGGUCACAGAGAUGCUGGAGCAAAAACCCAUCAGCGUCUACGGGCAGAGCAAGCUCAUGGCGGAAAGGAUGAUCGCCGCUUGGGUCGGCUUGGGGGCAGCAGGGACAGGGACCGCGCGCUGCGCGACCAUCUUCCGCUACUUCAACGUCUACGGCGCCGACCUGCAGUCAAGACUUGGACCUGGACUGCGAGGCCCUGACUUGAUGCAGUACAGCCGCCUGCCCGACGCGCUGAUGGAAGCAGCACUUGGCUUGAGAAAAUCCGUCCCUAUCUUCGGGGCAGAUCUGGCUACUCGUGACGGGACCGCCGAGCGGGACUACAUACACGUCUGGGAUUUGGUGGGUGCUCACAUGGAUGCGUUAGCAGCGAUGUUGGCGAAAAGUGUUCAAGGAAAGCAAUGUACGUCAGAUGUCUACAACCUUGGAACUGGGACCCCAGUCUCCGUACAGCAAAUGCUAACUGCGGUAAAAGCCCUCUUUCCGGAAGCAAACUUCACGGUCGACGUGAAGCCGCCUCGUUUGGGCGAUCCGGUUUCCAUCUAUGCGAACCCCAGCAAAGCACUGGCAGAACUUGGAUGGCAAGCCAGCAUGAAGAAUACCACUAAAGCGCUGGAAACCUCUGCACUUUACUUGCGAAAACAUGCAGCCUACUUCCGUCUUGACAAGAGGGCGAAAGCGCCCCCAAGCAGCGGAGCAUCCUCGACCUGGCAGGGCCCGGGUGCGGCACCGGCGGCACCGCGCCCGACGCCGACUCCUCCAACUCCUCUGACUUCUGCUACUUGGACUCCUGCGCCCAGCACUCCAGGUGAGCUGUACAGAUCGCGCUACCGAGAUCCGGGCAACCCCUACCAAGCCGGCGACAUGCCAAAUGCCACACUUACCUCCACCCCCUGGGUGGUCCAUCGCUUUUCCGACCCCUCGGCGUCACCCCGCAUAUGUGUGCAGGUUAUCACGAUCCCAACGGUGACGGGAGGCUAUUUGACCAAGACCUUUCACCUUCUGCGCGAAUACUGCCGGAGGCAUGGCUACGACCUUUAUGCUUUGACAGACAAGCUGGGUGAGAAGAGGGUAGCAUCCUGGCUCAAGAUCAGGAGCGCGCAGGCCAUCAUCCGCAGCAACACCGGCUGCGAUUAUCUGUUCUGGAUAGAUGGCGAUGCUGUGAUCAUGAACAUGACUUUCGAGCUGGAGACGGUCAUCGGCUACAACGGCAACAAGGACGUCGACGUCGUCGUGUCUGGUGACACGGUAGCUGUUAAUGCUGCUAUGGGGCUUUGGAAGAUGACAGCCUGGAAUUGGCAGUUUCUGGAGGACAUGUGGAACGUUGGCGAUGUUAAGCUGUGGGAAACUGGGGCCAUUAACAUUCUCAUAGCCAACUGCACACCAACGGAUUCGAGUGCAAAAAAGAAUGCGUGUUACUCGCAUAGCGACAGAGGCUGGGUAGACAAAUCGUUCGCGCCACAUCUAAAACUCGCUGAGCCUUGGGCCAUUAACUAUUUGCUGGUCAACAAGUCCCUGGUAGACCAUCUGGUCUGGGUGCCCAAGCGCCUUAUCAACAGCUACCCCAAGGGUCUCUUCGGUGGUCAGCUUGAGAAAACGACAGGCACAGAUUUUCUGGCACACUUCGUGAGCGGUGCGGGGAAAGGUAUGAUGGAUGAUUGGUGGAAGGCGUCGAUGACCAAGAACAACAUCACCGAGUUGCCUGUUGAUUUGUUUGGGCCAACAGCGACCACUAGACCGCCAAGGGUGCUGCGUAUUUAG